AAAAUGAUCCUCACAACUUGCGCCGCCUGCGCCGCCCCACUGGCCCUCGACGCGCCGCGUUGCGUACGCUGUAAAGUUCGCUAUUGUGACUCGACUUGCCAACAUGACCACUGGCGCCGCGGCCACAAGCAAAUGUGUAAGAAAAUACACCGCGGCGGCAACGCGGAGCAAUAUCACGCCGACAAAAAAUACAAGGAGGCCGUCGCGGCCGCGGUCGAGAAAUGCGCGGCGGACACGAAGGGCCAGACGUGCUACAUCUGCACGCAGGCCCUCCAUUGGAAGACGAAGGAGGGCCUCGUGCGCGGGUGUGCGUGCCGCGGGACGUCGGGCUUCGCCCAUGUAUCGUGCUUGGCGGAGCAGGCGAAGAUUUUGGUCGCGGAGGGCGAGGAGAACAAUUUGGGCCUCAAGGCGAAGGAAGCGAGGUGGGAACGGUGGCACACGUGCAGCUUGUGCGAGCAACGCUACCACGGCGUUGUGUUGUGUGCGCUUGGGUGGGCGUGCUGGAAGACGUACGUGGAAAGGGAAAAAACAGACUGUCACCGGUUCCAUGCGAUGGCCAUACUCGGAUCAGGUUUACGAGCGGCGUUUACACUGGGAAGUCCGCAGAAGGAGAAGGAGAAGUUUAGCAAAGAAGCGCUCAGGGUUUUCGAGGCGCAAUUGUCUGAGCUACAGACUUUACAUAAGAAAGCAAAGGUAGAAUUACAAUUGAAUACAAUGAUGAACAUCGCCGCUUGCUAUGCUGACCUCCGUUGGCACGAAAAGUCCCUGUCAAUGAAACGCGAAAUGUACUACAAGGCGGAGGCGUUCAACUAUCCAUUCGAGGGCCGGCUGCAGAUUGCUAUUAACUUAGCGAAUUCUCUCAUCGUUUUAGGUCAUCACGCCGAGGCAAAGUCAUUCCUGCGGCAGACCAUAGAUAUGGCAAUAGGCGUUUUGGGGCCCACUGCGAAGUUAAACCAUGUACGAGUUCUAACUCUCCGGGCAAUUUUGGGCAAUGUAUGCUUCCGGUCUGCUGCCUCACGAGAAGACGUCGCGGAGGCAGAGAGGAUAAUAGCUGACGUCCUUAAGAAUGAGCGGCGGGUCCUUGGACCUGCGCACCCGGAGACGCUCAGCACCCAGAGGGAUCUGGAGAAAGUGCGUGCGGUCCUGCGCGCAUAG